CAUUUGAGUACAUAUAACAUGGAAAGGGGGGAAGUCAUUGAUGAAGAAUUGACAAGAGCCUUUGCAAGGGUGAAGCGUAAAUUUAAUGAUUACGACGAGCUCAGAGAAGCGUUUUAUGACGUUCGAGACGAGAUCACCGAGGUUGUGAAAACUUGUUCCGACAAUGUGAGGGUUGUUAUAUACAUAGAUGAUGUUCUCGAUGAUCCGAUUGUCGUUGGUAUUGGAGCCGAAGAAAACCGACUCCGGAUUUCUAUCAGAAGUAACGGAAAAGCUUCGUACAGCUGGACAAAGGAAACGUGGAGCAAAAUCUUUCGUGAUGGUUGGGAAGGAGUGAAAUCGCUCACAAAGAAAAUACUUGGAUUCAUUGCUUCAAAAGCUAGAAGCGUUUUUGCACUAGCAAAGGAAAUACUCCCCGCGAUAUCAUUUAUCUGAUUAUGUGCAUUCGUGAAGUCUGGUUAACUAAAAAAAUGGAAU